AUGCUUGUAAGGUCUACCGUAGCCACUGCAAACAAGGCAAAUGAACGCAUCUCGCUAAGACAGCCACAUGAAGACGAGGACGACGAUCUGCCUAUGCUCGAGUGCAAUCGCGCGUCUUAUGGCACACCUCACGAGCCAAAUAUGCUUCUAUCGACAGUAAAUGAGCCUAUCGACGGCGAAUUAGAAGGUCAAAUGCACGUGUGGGUGUACGAAGCCCGUCAGCUUACGGCGCCUUGCGCGAUGACUGAUGCAGUGUAUGAUCAAUACCGUUUUUGCAUACGGUGUACCCUAUUUGGAGCGAUGCAACAAUCUUCAUGCAACAAUAAAGGAAACAAAAGUAAUCCGGUGUGGCGUCAAGCGGAAAAUGAAAGUCGCGAUGGUACAUGUGGUCACUUUGUUUGGACGUUCGGGUCGACAGAGAACGGGGUAGGAAAAGGGAGGAGUAUUACAGGCGAUAUCAGUGCAUGCGAGCUAAACAUCGAGAUUAUCUGUGGCGAAAGUGUAGUCACAUCAGCAAUUGUACCAUUACAAGAGUUUUUACUGGCCUCAAAGAAUAAUGUUAGUGGCGUUAGUCGACUUGGAUCGCACUGGUUGCCACUUGCUCGAAAUACCGGUCUACUAAAUAUUUCACUUGAAUUUGCGUCACGACACACACGUACCAUUAUGUUCCAUGGUACAGGUGCCACAUCUUCUCACACAGACAUGGUAGUAUAUCCACGAAAGAAUCGCACUGUGCCACGGCACACUCAAGAAAGCACCAAGGUACAAUCUUCAAACGAUAUUGUUGUGUCGAAAACGGGUGGAGUGACGUUGUACAUUCCUACUCACGAAAAGAAAAGCACGAAUACAAAAGAUCAGAGUUUGAAGGCUCGACCUGAAGCACGUAAAACAUCGGCGACCAUGUCCGAUGAUCAAUUGGAAAAGCAACUUCAAGAUUUGUAUAAUUUUGGUAUAUCAAAUAAAGUACCCGAACGUCGCGAUUCGGACACUAUAAGUGUCACGUCCGACUAUUCGUGCGAUCACUCAAAUUUGUCGCGCUACAGUCGUCAACCCAGUACAUGCGCUAGUGACGUACUAGUGUAUAAUGAGCUCAUUCAAGAUAUGGAGAGUGUUCUCAAAUGUACCAACGACUCGUCAUCUCGUAAGGACAAAAAUUCGGCGUUCUCAAAAUUUCACAUGAAAUCUCGUCGAUCGAGUCGACGCCCACUGAAUCUGACGAAACCAUUCGAUCGCAUUCAAUCUUUAUGGCAAGGAGCAAAACAUCGUGGUAGCAAUGCAAGUAACUCGUCUAUUGAGCAUCAUUCGAGGAGGAAGAGAGAUAGUUGUGUCAGCAGUACUAUAUCCAGUCCAAUACCAGCUUCUCCGAUCAAUGAAGGAGGAAUUAUCCUUUUUGGGUCUCAAAAUCUACCUAGCCAAGUACCACUUCAACGUUCGACAUCACGUGAUCACGUACAUGAAACAGCGACAAGAGCUGAACGAAAUGCAGCAGCUGGACAACGACGGCGAUCACUUCCAGUGAAUACCUUUUCGCUCGAAUAUCGACAGGAAAUGCUACAGCAGCACCAGCGAAAACGUGCACAGCGAAAACAAAUCGAAGCGCAAUUACUGAAAUCGACUCUUUUAUCAAACGCCGAUCCUCUUUUACUGCAUCGAAGUGAGUCACUUCACUCUUUGACAGAUAUGUACCUGUCUAAAACUGGCGAUGUGCACAGUGUUCAAGUCACGAUGCCAGCUAUUGAUUCGGCUUCGAAUCGAUCACUUCAAAAGUCAUCAACGAGUCGAACGUCAGCUCGACGUCAUUCAGGCAGCAACGUCGUUUAUAUCAAUGGAGCACCAUUAUGUAUUGGCAAGAUCAUUCACUUGGGUACUGAACCAGGUGUUGUGCGAUACAUUGGAACCACACGAUUUGCCACUGGUACAUGGGUCGGUAUUGAGCUUUGUAAACCAAAAGGCAAGAACAAUGGCACAGUGGAUGGACAUCGGUAUUUUAGCUGUGCUCCAGACCAUGGAAUUUUCAUCCGUGCGAGUCGAUUAGAGCUCUCAGCGCAAUAA